CCCUCCAAGCGUUAGGAUGUGUCGUCGUCCCGUCUGAAGGAGUGCAUCCAUUACUGCUCCUUCUCAGUCAGUGACAGUGAAAAUCAGUUGCAAGACCAGGAUAAGGAUCUGGAUUGGGGGACAUUAUUAGUGAUAAUUCAAUUUUCACGCCAUCUAAUUAUCCACGUGUGAAGGAAAAGGCUUCGGAAGGUCUUUAGACCUUGUUCAGUGGGUUCGAACACCGGACAUCAUUUUGAGGAUGUGUUGAAUAUGUUAGCGAGACAGCUAUGACGAUGACAAAGUCUAGAAGGUUGUAGACAGCGACAGUCCUUGAGGGGCAGUGGGUGGUGCUAACAAGUGUGUUUUUUUUUUCUUCCGCCACCCAAACGCAACAGUGUGUCUCUUUCUCUCUCGCAGACGGUGGGCUCUCAGCGCUUUCGGACUUCCGGCAAGCGGGGGUUCCAAUUCAAUUACGGGGUACGAUUCCAAGCAAAAUUAUUGUGGUGCACAUGAAGAAAGCAGUCAGCAGUACAGUGCCGAGUGCAGUGCGGUGUUGUGAAAACUGGAUUUCGUCGGGAAGUAAACGAGCGGAAGUGAGAUUCAAUUCCGCAGAAAUGAUGACAGAGUCCAUUCGCUCGAGUGGAGAUCCUACUAGGUGUUAAAGGUCGUCGUUGGAAGUCUUGGUCGCAGUCACAGUGUGUUUGUGUUCUGCAAACGACAAGUGGUUUCCUACUGCUGCUCACGAACACUCUUGCAGAAGGUCCUUGACUCGGUUCUGGAAAGAAACAACAGCCGAUAGAGUGGCCUCAGACACGAAAAAUUAUCAACGGUCCAUUUCCCUAAACGUCUGUUUCUUGCAAACAUCUCCGACGCAACAUCCUCAUCGUGGCAGUAGGCUAGUCACCUUGCAGUAGGCUAGUCCAUAUCACACUGAAUACGACAUCACACGAGAGGGAGCUUUUAUUGACAAGCCGGACAUAAUUUGAUCACACACCGAGCAGAAAACAAAAACGACCAAACGGAAACAACGCAACAACGGAACAGACGGGAAAUGAUGAAAACUAAAACGGCAACCAUGUGCUCGACAACGCUUACCGGCAUCCUGAUGGCGGCGACAGUCUCUAUUUUAAGCAUGGUCGUUGCUGGGGAAGCAGAAGUAGGAGGAGAAGCAAGAGGGCUUUUCGGAGAAACAGACAAAGGAGGCGGAGAGGGUCUUCCGAUACCGACGGCCGCAACAAGUGCCACCAAUUACGAUGCCGAUUUCAGUGAAAACGGCACCAAUUUGCUAACGGCGAUAACUCCAUUAGCCCUGAUGUCCAAGCACGGGGGCACUUCCGGUGGCACCAAGCAGCACGGGGAGGACGUAUCCCCGGUUACCCUUUCGACUGAGUGGCCUCGCUUGGCACGGCUUCUGCUGCUGGCCAGUCUGUCCGUUAUCGGCAGUAUCGGUAACGUGUUUAUGAUUUCCUCGGUCAUGAUUGAGGACCACCUCAAGAAGGCAGGUAACGCAUUCAUAGUGAACAUAGCGCUCGCAGAUUUACUAAUCACUAGCGUAGUGAUGCCAGCGUCCACCAUUGUGCUCCUGGCUGGAAUCGACAAUUCGGACACGGAAGUAUGCAAAUUUCAGUGGUUUCUAGCUGCUUGCUCGUUUUUGGUUAGCAUUUUAACCCUAGCAAUAAUGGCCGUCGAAAACUAUCUAAGACUGUGUACGACUCAGAAUGAGCGCAGCUGGUUCAGCAGAACGAGCGUUACCGUGAUCCUGCUAACAGUUUGGAUCGUGGCCGGUUUGUUCUCCGGCAUGCAGUUCAUGUACGACAUCGACUUUGACUACUGUGACCGGAAGUCGAAGCACAUGGUUCCACCGGAAGCCGGUUGGAUAGGACUGAUGGUGUUGCUCCCGCUGCUACUCGCGUUCCUGACCCACAUACGGAUCAUAGUCGACGUGAAGCGCAACAUGAACUUGCCGAACUUCAAGCCAAAUCUGGCCUACACGUGGGAUCUCUCGUUAGUCCGGACCAACUUCUACAGCUUCCUAAUCUUCGUCCUGUUUUGGCUGCCGUUCUGCGUGAUUCUGGCGUACGGAACCACCAGAAGUGUGUCGAACCGGGUCUUCUACAACACGGCCUGGAUCGGUCUGUCCAAGUCCUGCUUCCACAAUGUGAUCUACUGCUUGACGAACCGUCACUUCCGCAGUGCGUACGUGAGUUUGUUCAACUACUGCUGCUGCAAGACUACGGUGGCUGUUUCGCGGAGGCAACGGGUCGACGGCAGCCGACCUACGGCUGAUGUCCGGGUUCAUAUCAUCCCGGGCUACAACAUGUACACCAGCCCUCAACGGGCCGGAAACAGCCACGGACACUGGGGAAAGCGUGAGUGCCACGAGUUAUGAUCGGAAAUGUAGCUAAAUUGAUCGAGAACGAGAAAUAGUUUCGAUUAAUUUACGGAACGAACUACCGUCGAAAGGGGCUGCUGAGUGAUUCAGUAGCGAAGAUAUAGACGACAUAAACUGAAAUUUGAAACAAGUUUCUGAGCACUGGCAGUUAGGGACCUAUAGGUAACGUAAUAUCCACCACAAUUUAACUAAGAGUUGGAGGCUGUUGAAUGGAUUGAUUUCGGAAGUCGAUGUGGUAGGCUAAAUAGGUUUGGAUUGAACUUCUCAGUUCCCGACAUUCAAAAGUCUGCACUGUAGAAGAGCAUACCCCAUAGUUACACAUAUAUAAACCGUCUUAUGUUUUUUUUUUUUUUUUUUUGAAAACAAUAAAUAAAUGAGAGUAUUUUAUUCAAACGCAUUACAUUAUUCUACAGUAUUGAUCUGCAAUUCUCCAUUCUUCAAGUAAGCCUACUUCCUAGACCACUGUGUAACAAUUCAAAAUGGUUCCCAAUAUUGCUUUAGAGUAUUGUCGCGCGCCCACUAAAUCGGAACGCGUGUGUGGGACACGCGACGUGUGGCUCGUUUCCGAC